GCGUCUCAGUCGCUGUACCGCGCGCGCGCUGUAAACGCGAUAUUACGCACGAGUACGCAGAUCGUUUCGUCCGUCGUAAGAACGAUCGAGAGUGCGGCCGCUCCCGAGAGUGUAAUAACCGUGCGCGUCCGCUGAACGUACCGAGGAAGCCGAGGAGAGAAAGAGAGCUCGUUACAACCGCAGGGCGCUGCCGCGAGCUUGAGGUUGAGGUUGAGGUUAGGGACGUCGCCUGGAGUGCGGUUUGUGGUGCAUCGUGAUACGUUACCGCCCGCCCGCGCCGCGCGCGCGCAGGCCACGUCGGACUCCGGAGAGCAAGUUGUGCACGCGGUCGCAACUGUCAGUUUUACAUUCAGCUGGUAGAAACACUGGCAAGAGCGAGGCGCCUAAUGGCGUAACGGCGGCGAUUGUGGAGAUCAACGCGGCACAACGGAGACACAGCGGGGACGCAAGAAAGAAGCGAGCGAGCGAUCGUGCAGAGAGUGACGUAAGAAAGCAAUUUGGUGUUGUCGAAGAGCGCUGCGCAGCGAUAUACAGGAAUUGGCUAGAACGCGGCCGUUUGAGGAGGAAGUCUCGCAAAGCGUGAAAGAGAAAAAAAGGGUUAAAGGAAGCUGCGAGCGCGAAAUGGGCGAGAGACGCGGUACGAAGGCGCUGGAGCUCUGGUGCCGUCGGAUAACUGACGGUUAUCCGGGUGUAAACGUGCAGAACAUGACCACCUCCUGGAGAGACGGGCUUGCCUUCUGCGCCAUGAUUCAUCACUUUCGGCCGGAUCUCAUCGACUUCAACAGCCUGAACAAGGACGAUGUGUACAGAAACAACGAGCUGGCUUUCAGAACAGCCGAGCAGCACCUCGGGAUUCCCGCCCUUUUGGACGCCGAGGAUAUGGCGUCUUGCGCGGUGCCCGAUCGAUUGUCCAUUCUCACUUAUCUCUCGCAGUUCUACCAAACUUUUGGAGGAUCCUCGCCCAGUCGUCUGGCGACGAGCAGAACGACUGAAACCGCCGACGAGAGGAUCGCCCCUGUUCCAGAAUCUCCGAAGCAAAAGGUGGGGUCGCGUCUGGGGAUGCGGAGGGAUCCGUGCGCCGCAUGCGGGCUGCCAGUCUUCCUGGCGGAGAAGCUACUGAUAGCGCGCCUGCCUUAUCACCGUACGUGCUUCCGGUGCGCCCGCUGCGGCAACCAGCUGACGCCGGGCAACUACUACGAGACCGAGGAGGGCCAGUACUGCUGCGAAACGUGUCCGGACGAGGAGGUGCCGCCGGCCGGCCUGCGACACAAGUACACCGAGCCGACAGCGAUGUCCGGCGUGGAACGGAAGGAGCCGCCGAGGUCUCUCAGCGACGAGGAGAAGACGGAGAGAAAGGACGCGCGGAGCGUGUUGGAGAAUGCCGCAGUGCCCGACUUGAUCUCCCACACGUCGCAAAUGCGCAAGAGCUUCAUGGCCAGCCACCUUCUUUCCGAGAAGAUCGACGAAUCCGCUGCGAGAGAUGCGAAGGCUAUCGAGGCCGAUUCCGAUUAUCGCGACGAUGCGAAGAGCAGGAUCGGCUCGGCAUUCCCAGACGACGACGACGACGACGAGGAUGAGGAGGAGGAGGAGGAGGAGGAGGAGGAGGAGGAGGGUGAAGAGGAGUCCGGCAGCUUGGCGACGGAUUCCCCCGAUAUGGAGGAAUCCAACGUCGAGCGAUACGAUGUACAUAGCGCGUUAAAUAGCUUAGACAUUAAGAGCGACAAGGAUCAACAAUCGACUGCCAUUUCAUUCCAUGACGUAGAUAAGAGAAGAAGAGGAGAAGAUACCAAAGAAUCGCCGGGACGCGCCGGCGAACGAGUCAAUCCCGAAGCGAGAUUAUCUUUGGUUCAGAGGAGGCUCCAAAUGUUUGAGUCGCGGGACAGAAAGGAUGACGUCGAGAGGGAAGACCGGAGUGUGACGGACGGUCCGACGGCUCGGGACGAUUCCUGGGACCGGGCGCCGGACGUUCUUCGAACGAACGAGGAGAAAUGUCCGGAGGAGAAACGGGACUCGACGAGCGACAGUACCGAGAAACGUGAGAACAACUUCGAGAACGUCGGCAAAGAGCGGAAAGUGGAGGACUCGAGGAUCACGAGUAUCGAGAGACGCGAGGAGAGCUUCUCGAAGAAUUCGACGCGGACGAAUAACGAGGAGCGUCUCGACAAGCAGCCUGAGAGAAGCUCGCGAGCCAGGAGUAUCGAAAGACGAAAAGAUGAGAGGUCCUCGUGCGAAGAUCCCGCGGGAAGCGACGUGCUGACCGCGAAGGCUAUCGAUUUGAGCGACGGCAAGGAUUAUCCGGAGGACCUGAAUCCCUUCAACAGCGACGAGGAAGACAGCGCUGUAGGCGACACGCUGCGGACCGCGAUAAACAGUUCGAGGAGCGGCAAAAUGUCGACGAAUCCGUUCGACAGCGAGGACGAGGACGUCGAGGAGCACGAAUUGCCGAGGCCAGCGGCCAGGAGCAGGAUGGAGAACUGGAGGGCCUCCACCGGGACACCCACGACCAAGCGUGUUCUCGCCGCACCGCAAAUUAAUCUCAAUCCAUUCUGGAGCGACGACGAGGAGGAGGGAGAGCGCGAUAGCGAUGAGGAGAGACGGGACAGAACGCCGCAAGGAAGUGCGCCCGUUCCGAAACCGCGCACUAUCAAGACCACACCGGAGGCGGUGAGCGUCGCGGUGUCGCGUAGAGCCGAUCUGAAUCGCGGAGGGCAAUACGCGUCCAAUAGCUCAUUAACCAGCUCCGAAUCGACCACAACUCCCGGUGGAACGUACAGGAAGAAAAAGCCGCCCGCGCCGCAACCGCCGGCCACGAGGGAAUUGUUUCCGUCCGAUCAGCGCGAGUCGCCUGCGCGAAAGUCAACGUGCGAUAGCACAUCGCUCUCGUAUCAUAACUCAUCGCCUCGCACGACGCCACGGGCUCGGAAAAGUAAACCGGCACCUCCGCCGCCAAUGCCGACCAGCACACCGGUAUCGAUUGGCAGCGCAUUGAGCUUCGACGAAUCUCCCAUAAUCAAGCUUCACGGCACCGACGAUGAUCUGAACAUGUGGGAGGACCAGAAGACCAAUAAAGAUGAAGCGAAUCGAAAUAGGCAGAGCUUGAGCGGCGUCUCGUGCGCCGACAGUCUCUCCUACAAGUCUUACGCUGAUAAGAGCGUGCAAGGGAAAUGGAAGAGGAAAAAGGGCCCCGCCCCGCCUCGGCCAACUCCGCACAGGAGAAAGAUCAAAGUGAUAUCUAUGAAAGACGUGAAAUUAGAAUUAGAUGAAAUAGAAUUGCAACAGCAAGGCUUGGAGAGGCAAGGUGUACGAUUGGAGCAGCUGAUACGAGAUAAAUGCGAAUCCGGAUCCAGAACAGAAGAUUCCUCACUCGGCAUAGACGUGGAGGAACUAGUUUUAGAGUUGUUCGCGCUAGUGAACGAGAAAAAUGAACUAUUUAGAAGGCAGGCCGAAUUAAUGUUACUGCGGAGGCAGCAAAGAUUAGAGGAAGAGCACGCUGAAGUGGAGUAUCAAAUACGAUGUCUCAUGUGCCAACCGGAAGCUACAAAAACAGACUUCGAUAAACAGAGAGAAGAAGCAUUGAUACAAAGGUUAGUGCAAAUCGUCGAGAGACGAAAUGAAAUUGUCGAAUGCUUGGAAAUGGAUCGCCGGAGGGAAGUGGAAGAGGAUAAGAGCAUAAAUAAACAUAUGGGCUUAUUUGCUGCGAGAAAUAAGAACGAUCUAUCGAGCAGAGAUAACGAUUCUUCUAACACGGGGAAAACGAAGAAAGGGAAGAUAAAGGAAAAAUUGAAAGAAAAGAAGUCGAAAAAAGCUGCGAAGAAGGACGCUGAUAAGGAUGUAGAUGAGACUGAGGUGAAACUCAAACGUCAUAAUAAACGAAAGUGGUUUUGAGUUGUUACAGUGUUAACAGUUAACGAUUACAAUAAAUACGUAUAAAAUAUUUUGUAUUUAAUACUUUUAUACAUAUUUUUAACACUUUGUUAUUUAUAUAUGUAGGAAUUUAUGCUAAAGUUAUUAAUAAAAUCGCCUGU